AUGACAGAGGAGUCUGAAGUUGCACAGCCCGCCCCCCAGUUCGGCUUCAAGAAACGCUCCAAAGGCAAAGCCAACUUUCGCAAGAAGCCCGCUACGCCACCGCCGGCCUCCGACUCAGGGUCUGAUUUCACCUCAUCCGAUGACGAGGAGGGCCGACGCAUCAAGAGGCGGCGCAAGAAUGUUGCCGUGACAGCCUCAUCGGCUACAAAUGCAACUAGGAGAGACCCCGCCGCCGAUGAAGCAACGAGCACUGGUCCUGCACCUCUAUCGACGAGCAACGAUGCCACGAAAUCAUCCAACUGGUACGAUGAGGAUCUGAGCGCAAAGAACCUGCUCGGCUCGACCCGCACACAGUCGUCCUCGAUGUCCGCACCAGAUGGCACAUACCGGGGAGCGGCCAACUAUCAGUCCUUUAUCCAGAAGAAUCCGGAUGCGCCGACGAAGCAGUUCGGUCCCAUCAAAGCGCCUACAAAUGUCCGGACGGUGACCGUGAUGGACUUUGCCCCCGAUGUCUGCAAGGACUGGAAACAGACGGGGUGGUGUGGAUUUGGCGACUCGUGCAAAUUCUUACACGCCCGUGAAGACUAUAAACAAGGCUGGGAACUGGAUCGCGACUGGGAAAUCGGGACGAAUGGCAAGAAAUUAAGCGGACGCGUGGUGUCGCAGAGGAAGGGCGCCGGCAAGACCGCCGAGGACGAUGAAGACGAUGACGAUGACGAGCUGCUGGACAGCAUCCCCUUUGCCUGCAUCAUCUGCCGGAAACCGUAUCAGAACCCCGUCAUAACCAAGUGUGGACACUACUUCUGUGAGUCUUGUGCUUUGCAACGAUAUCGGAAAAAUCCAGCCUGCGCGGCGUGCGGAGCGGGGACGGGUGGUGUGUUUAACACCGCGAAGAAGCUUAACGCCCUGCUGGAGAAGAAGCGGGAGAAGGCACAGAAGGAGCGCGAGAAGGCUGUCCAGGACGGUGAAGAAGUCAGUGAGGAAGAGGAGAAUGCCUUGGAAGGAAGUGAUUAA